GCAAAUCCAACGCUGAUGCAAGAAAUUUUCGGCGUAGUGCACGUCGAGGGACAAAACUGACCAGAUUUCCAGUUUUUUCAGUCCGCCAACAUGUCAGGAGACGAGAUGAUCUUUGACCCCAACAUGACCAAGAAGAAGAAGAAGAAGAAGAAGCCUUUCAUGCUGGAUGAAGAUGGAGGGGAAGGGCUUGGAGUAGAAGAGUCCAAGGAGGUGGAGGCCAAGGAGUUGGAACCAGAAGGAGGCGAUGAGAAGGAGCUGGAUCUGGAUGAGGAUGAAGGAAAAAAGAAAGAGCCAUCUGAUGAUCUUGAUGACCUGAACUUCUUCAACCAGAAGAAAAAGAAGAAGAAACCAAAGAAGGUGUUUGAUAAUGAAAUUGAGGAGGGUAUAAAGGAGCUAAAGAUUGAAGGUGAGCAGACAGAGGUGAUGGAGGAGGAUGACUUGGAUCUGAUGCUUCCUGCCAAGAAGAAAAAGUCCAAAAAAGUUGACUUUGAGGAGGGAGAGAUACUGGAAAAAGACGACGUUCUGGAGGAUGAUGAAGGAAAGAACAACGAUGGCAUUUCUUUCAGCCCCUUAACAGGACCGGCAUGGGCUGGCUCGGAGAGAGACUACACUUAUGACGAGCUGCUGAACCGUGUCUUCAACAUCAUGAGAGAGAAGAACCCAGACAUGGUGGCUGGAGAGAAGAGGAAGUUCGUUAUGAAGCCUCCUCAGGUGGUCCGAGUGGGAACCAAGAAGACCUCCUUUGUCAACUUCACAGACAUCUGUAAACUGUUGCAUCGUCAGCCAAAACAUCUCCUGGCUUUCCUGUUGGCCGAGUUGGGUACAAGCGGUUCCAUAGACGGAAAUAAUCAGCUUGUAAUCAAAGGCAGAUUUCAACAGAAGCAGAUAGAAAAUGUCCUGAGAAGAUAUAUUAAGGAAUACGUGACAUGUCAUACCUGCCGUUCUCCAGACACCAUCCUCCAGAAGGACACUCGCCUCUACUUCCUGCAGUGCGAGACGUGUCACUCCCGCUGCUCCGUCGCCAGCAUCAAGGCCGGCUUCCAGGCUGUCACAGGCAAGAGGGCACAGCUCCGUGCCAAAGCCAACUAAAGGUCACAUAAUGAGGGGUUUGGCUUCCUUCUCUGUGGCCCCCUCUUUUCUCUUCAAUAUUGGCUGGAGCUGGGGUUGGGUGCCCACUUGAUUUGUAACUGGACUCUCUGAAUCAGACUGCGGGAGGGUUUGGCUGUUUAUUAGCUGUGCCAUGUCACCCGACAAGGGAGCGGGAAAGUGUCUGGAGCCAAGAGUCUUCUAGAUGAGACGGGCGUUUUAAAGGCACCACAAGCAGAUGAUGUGUUAGACAAAUGUUAUGUUGCUUAUGAACACCUCCACCUUCCUAACCUCAAGGUUUUUUUUUUAACCAUUUGCUGUGAUUCUCAUUCCUUCCAAACAAACCCAAACUGAAUCCCCCCCUCCCAUUGCAAGCAUCCCAUGCAUCAAACUAUUUGAUAGCAAAGUUCUUUAAAAUGUAAUUAAACUCACCUACAACCAGAGUCAAUGCUCAGUGAUACCUCUAGCCUUGUGAUUCUCUAUAAUUCUUUUUUUGUUUUGUUUUUUCAAUCUCAACAUUUUUUUUGUGCCUGUUCUUUUUCUGAUGGGUUAACAUAUCCUUGAAAUGCCAGCACAUUUUAAUGAGCCUGGGUCCUUGGAUGAUUCCAGAUUUUUGUUUUUUGUUUUUUUUCUGUAAAAAAAAGGAAGAUUUCCCACCUUGAGAAGUCGGAGAGUCACCAUGCUACAGUGUACAUGAGUGAGUUUUCACCAAGUUGUCUAUGGUUGGCCCUUGCAUAGACAUGAUUUGAAUCGUAAUUUUGUCAGUGGCAUUUUGCCACAACUAAACUAUCAGGGUUGCUUUGGAUGAAGAGUCUACACAACUUAAAAUUAAUGGAGAUUCUGUGUGUGAGAAAGGUUGAAAUUCUACCGUGUGUCUUUUUAGUGCUUUUAUGGCAUGAAUAAGACUUUUUUCUGACUUAUUCCACAGUUUAGAUUAGGAAAUAAUUUCCAGUGUGAGAUUUAUUAAAUGGAAGACUGUGAAAACUGA